CUUUGCAGGAUAAAUGGGCAGCAGUUCCCGUGAAAGCCCAGCAUCCUGGACAGGCGGCGGCUCUGGAUCCACCCCCCACAUCCCACUCUCCCAGGCAGAGAUGAGGGCAGAGAGAAUGUCCCCCCUGCUGGCUCUGGGGCUCCUGGUGGCUGGGCUCUGCUCCAGUGUCCACUGCCUCCCAGAGGAUGGGACACAGGAGAAACAGUGCAAAGUGGUGCCUGUGGACGACCACACAUUAGCCUCCAGCAACACUGACUUUGCCUUCAGCCUCUACAAGCAGUUGGCUUUGAAGACCCCCAAUAAGAAUGUCUUCUUCUCCCCACUGAGCAUCUCCAUGGCCUUGGCCUUCCUGUCCCUGGGGGCCCGCGGAUCCACCCUGACGGAGAUCCUGGAAGGCCUCAAGUUCAACCUCACAGAGACCCCCGAGACAAAAAUCCACCAGGGCUUCCAGCACUUCCUGCGGACGCUCAGCCAACCCAGCAACAAGCUGCAGCUGAGCAUGGGCAAUGCCAUGUUCGUCCAGGAGGAUCUAAAGCUGCUGGAAAAGUUCAUAGAAGAUGCUCGGACGCUGUACGCCUCCGAGGCCUUCUCCACCAACUUCCAGGAUCCCGACGCUGCCAAGAAGUUCAUCAAUGAUUAUGUGAAGAAUAAAACCCAGGGGAAAAUUGUGGAGUUGUUUAAACACCUUUCCUCAGACACAGUGAUGGUCCUGGUGAAUUACAUCUACUUUAAAGCCCAGUGGAAGACCCUCUUUGACCCCCAGCAUACGAAGCAGGCAGAGUUCCACGUGAGUGAGAACGAGACGGUGGAGGUGCCCACGAUGAGCAUUGGGGGCCUGAAGACGCCUUACUUCCGGGACGAGCAGCUGGGCUGCACGGUGGUGGAGCUCCUGUACAGCAGCAACGACAGCGCGCUCUUCAUCCUCCCUGACGAGGGCAGAAUGCAGGACCUGGAAGCCAAGCUGCACCCAGAGACGCUGAGGAGGUGGAGAGACUCACUGCAGCCCAGUCAGAUACAUGAACUCUACCUGCCGAAAUUCUCCAUCUCCAGCUACUAUGAGCUGAAAGACAUACUUUCCCAGCUGGGCAUCAGGAAAAUCUUCAUCCCUGGGGCUGACCUGUCUGGAAUCACAGGGACAGACAGCCUGCUGGUUUCCCAGGUGGUCCACAGCGCUGUGCUGGAUGUGGACGAGGAGGGCACGGAAGCAGCUGCUGCCACGGGAAUCAGCUUGGAAAAAACGUCCAUAAGGAGGAUCAUUGUGCGUUUCAACAGGCCCUUCCUGAUUUCAGUAAUUCUCAAAAAGAGCCAGAGCAUCAUCUUUUUGGGCAAAGUCACCAACCCCAGGGAAGAGUAGAGAUCCCCUCUGAGGGGCAGUUCUGUUCACCAAGGAGUUGGCUGCCCAGGUCCCUGGGUGCAGCCUGGCCCCUGUGUACCGAGGAGCCACCUUUCCUGAUGCUACCUUCUCAGCCUUAGGAGGUGACAGUGACCCUGCUGGGGGCUGCACAUGCACAGGGAGUCUGUGCCCUGCUCACCAGGAGGCUCAAAGCCUCCAACAGCAAUAAAGCACCUUGGA